CAGGCACCUUUGCUUCCAGCACACAGUUUUAAUCUGUUGUAAACACCAAUCAGUCAGUCUUGGCACGGAUGUAGCCUGGGGCAGCCUCAGCUUUCAGAAAUGACCAAGUCUAUUUCUGUGGUACAGGAGGCUCCCUCAGCGGUACCUCAGUGCCCUGGGUGGUUUGGGUCUCCUCCCUCACCAGAGCUCUGAGUGCUCCUCUGCCCUUGUUGUUGGCCAAUCUCCUCCACUGCUGUCUUCUCCUUAUUGUUUUGGUUUUUUUUAGUAUUUGCAAAGACAUUUCUGCACCUACUGUCAGCAAGGAUCCUGCAUUACAUACACAGAUAAUACAUACAGAAGCUUUAAGGCUUCUGCAAGUGAUUUUGUUUUAAUUUCCUCAAUUUUCCUAUCCAUUUCUCUUUGUGGUUCUUUUCAUACAUCUGUCUACAUCACUUUGAAGAGUCAGCUUAUUUAUUUCAAAAGUGCGUGCCCUAACUGGUUUCCUUGAAUAAUUUCCUGGGUAAAUUAUGCAAUCUCACACUGAAUGUUGUAUUAACCAUGAAUAUGUGGGGUUGUAUCAUCAUUCUUAAUAUGAGGGUUGGUACUAUAGAGAAAAGAUUUUGCUGCAAGACAUUAGGAACAAAAAGAAAGGAAAUGUGAGUUUACUGAUCUGAUUAUAAGCCAACUGACAAUCAAACCUCUACAUGAAGGAUUUAGACAAUUAAGGACUCCUGCUUUAUUUUAAAUUAUAUUCUUCUUUCACAGAGGUAGCAAUAUACAUUUACUGUUACCAGUGAAUCUUCCCCUAACACAUGAUGCAGUAGCUGCUUUUCAGUUUCCUUGUGUUUCACAACAGAACAAAAGACAUUUUGUGCAGCAUCUGAUGGAAACUGAACUUUUGAAAUCAGUAAAUCAGUGACUCCUUGUGCCUUUAAAAACCAAAUUAUAGUUCAGAAAUUCUGGACUUCUACGCUGCUGUGCAUUUACUCCUACCUUUUGAAGGAAAAUGUAUUUUUUUACCCGCAUUUCUUAGGUUAAAAAAAAAAAAAGAAAAAGAAAAAAAGACGGCAAAAAAGAGUACUCGGCAUUUCUAUUGGUGUUCAGCUAAAGCUGCAGUUUCGCUUUGAACAGAAUUGAAACUUGAGCUCUGAGAUGGGUGACAGCAAAUUUUUAAUAUAAAAAAGUCAACCUUAUUCCAAAAGGAAAUGCUAAGUGUCAGUACAGCUAUUAAAAUUUCCACAGUUUGUAAGUUUAGGCUGCAAGGGAGAUCUCCAAAGACACUGAGCACCUGUCAAAGAUUACAGGGUUGUGUGACUGGACACUGUGAUUUAGAAAACCUACUUGCAACCAAAGCAAAUGGACAUUAAGUGUCUCAUGCUCCAGUGCCAUGUACCAAGAAAUGGCUGGGUGCUUGAAGAAAUCAACAUACGCAGUCAAACUUGUGCCGACUCAUUCUCUUCUUUCAUGAUUAAUUAAGCAUAUUAGCUUUGCUAUGAGGUGAAAAAUUAUAAAUGAGUGGAAGGUAACUUUCCUUUGUGGUCACAUAGAGUGUGAAAAAUCCAGAGUGGAAUAACUGGUGUAUGGUGUUUGUAGUGCAGGUUUUCAUCCUACUAGAAAUGUGUUGAAUGUCCUUGCAGCACAUAGUAGGAUUUUAGUGAAAUUUCUGCAUUAGUUACAGUAGCACUCAGUGAAAACCUCAGUGCAUCUUGCGUGAAAAGCAAAAUCCAGUUAUCAACAAAGAGCAGAGGAAUCAUACUUUGUUGUAGUAUUUUACUCUUCAGCCACAAGGGUGAGAAAUAUAGUCCUGAAUUAAUAUAGUUGGGAAUUAAUGAACCCUUUUCCUAGGCCCUGAUUAAAAUGGCAAUGAUGCUGUACAACUUUCUUGUUUUUCUGUUCGUGUCUAAAUGACUCGUACUCUAAACACAGGGAAUUUGCAAAUAUGACUGCAAAUUCUUUCCCUGUUCGUUCUUCAGGUUCCCAGCAUCUGAAAUGAGUUUCUCAGCUCCAUCAUGGUCAAAGAAAUUAUGAAUUGUUAUUUAAAAUGUAAAUAAAAAUGUGUAGGGAAAGAAGACAUGAAAAACCCCACAAACUCCACCUAAUAAAUAUCCUAAUCAUUGAACUAGUCUGUUCUGCUAAGCACAGAAUCUUCUAGGUAAGAAACUCUCAGACAGACACCAUGUUCUGUGUAAUGCUGGAUUGUCACCAGCUUAAGUCUAUCCUCGUAAUUUUUAACUCUGACCCUUCUACACUCUCCUAUGCAAUUUUCACCUUUCUGUAUGCUGUUUCCUAUGCCCUUACCACUAUCUUUUUUAUCAUGCUUUAUUUUGAUUCCCUUCCCCAAAGUCCCAUUCUCUUGACAUUUCUUCCAUAAAGUAUGCAGCUUAGAACUGUCCCAGUUCUUGAAGCUAUUUGCAUCAGGAAUGAAUGCCAAAAAAAUAAUAAUAGUUAUAAAAAUUACUAAACUUCUAGAUCUAAACUAUUUUUAACAUCAAUUAACAAUGUCUGUAUCUCUAUUCUUGCAAUUUAUACUAAAAAAGGGGGAUGGGUGAAACGAGGAACUUGAUCUCCUGCAAAUGUUAAUUGUCUGAAGUGACUGGUUACCCUUAUGUAGCGCAUUUGUCUCCCAGCUGAUUGAUUUUAAACUUCCAAACUGCCAAAUACUUCACAACUGUCCCCCUUCAGAGUUCCCUGUGGCUUGGAUGUUUAUCUUCUCUGAGUAGGUCUUAUAGUUCUUUAUGGUGUGACACUGUAGCAAGGCAAAACACAGUUUGAAAUGAAAACUGUUCAAAAGUAACGAAGAAGACAGUAAAUUGCAGCAUGUAAAUUGCAGCAUGUAAAUUGCAGAAUAAAAGCACGUGGAUGUAUGAGUAAUGUGAAAAUUUGUUUAAAAGGGGGAAAUAAGAGUACUCCAUUAUUUCUUAGGGGUGGAGCAGAAAAUGAGGUACUGUUGUUUUAAGUACAAAUAUUUGAGGAAGUGGGUUGCAACAGUUGUUUCACAUUCAAUUAUUUCUCAAGUUGCAGUCGAGGUGAAGAGUAGUAAUAGAGCAGUGAUUACUGCUGUUGUCUUGAGUAAGUUAUGUCAUAUUAUACUCUCCUCUGGACUUCAUCUGAACCAGUGGGGACCACUUUUAUGCUGUUUUCUUCUGCUCUGAUUUACAGGCUCUUCAAACAAAAAAUCUGACAGAUCUGGAAACACACAGAAAAUGAAAGACUCCUGGAGUCUGAUGUGCAGUGACUGUCAGUAUUUCCCUCAGUGACUGCAGGUUCUCUGUCCAUGGCUGGUGACGACUGGCACUUCAUGCUCUGCUGUGUUGUGCAUCAACAGAUUUAGGUACCUUGUGCAAAGAUGUCAAAUGCAUUGCUAUUUGUCUUGCUCUUCCUGUUUCCAAUGCUGCUCUCUGGAGCUUGGUUUCCCAAAACUUUGCCCUGUGAUGUUAAAUCCUCAGAAGGUACUGUGACAGUGGACUGCACCUACCGGCGCCUCACAGAAGUCCCCAGAGGGAUCCCUGAAAACGCUACCAACCUCACUCUGAGUAUUAACCAUAUUCCCCAUAUCUAUCCAACAUCCUUUGCUCAACUUAAAAACCUCAUGGAGAUUGACUUCAGAUGCAACUGUGUGCCUGUCAGACUGGGGCCCAAAGACCUUGUCUGCAACAGAAGACUGGAGAUUGAGAAUGGCAGUUUUGCUGCCCUGACAAGACUGAAGUCACUGUACUUGGAUGCAAACCAGCUGUUGGAAAUACCCCGAGGUCUUCCUACUACUUUAACCCUGCUGAGCCUGGAAGCAAAUACUAUCUUUUCUAUCCAAAAAGCCAACUUGUCAGAGCUAGGAAACAUAGAGGUAUUGUAUCUGGGGCAGAACUGUUACUACCGCAAUCCAUGCAAUGUUUCAUAUGAAAUUGAGGAAACAGCCUUUCUGGAGCUGAAAAAAUUAACAGUACUAUCCCUGAAGUCCAACAACUUAACACAUAUUCCACCCAAUUUGUCAUCUACUUUGAAGGAACUGUAUAUUUAUAAUAACAGGAUUCAAGUGAUUCAAGAACAGGAUUUAAGUGCCCUUCCCAACCUAGAAAUUCUCGAUCUAAGUGGCAACUGCCCACGUUGCUAUAAUGCCCCAUAUCCUUGUAUUCCUUGCACCAAUGACUCGAUUCAGAUACAUUCAAAGGCUUUUGAUUCCUUGAAAAAUUUAAGAAUUUUGCGACUUCACAGUAACUCUCUUCAGAGCAUACCCAGCAGUUGGUUUAAAAACAUCAAGAACCUGAAAGAACUUGACCUCUCCCAAAAUUUCCUCAUGAAGGAGAUUGGAGAUGCUCAGUUUUUGAAGUUUGUCCCCAGCCUGGUGGAGCUUGAUCUGUCCUUUAAUUUUGAACUCAAGUUGUAUUCUCCCUUCUUGAAACUGUCUCAGACAUUUUCUUCCCUCUCUAACCUGGAAACCUUGAGGAUCAAGGGUUAUGUCUUUAAAGAACUGAGAGAGAAGGAUCUACGCCCACUGCUCGGUCUUAGGAAUCUCACCGUCUUGGAUCUUGGGACUAAUUUUAUUAAAGUUGCAAACCUGACAGUGUUUGAAGAAUUCCCAGCUCUUAAGUUCAUAGACCUCUCAGUGAAUAAAAUUUCUCCUUCUUCAGGGGAAAGCAACUCUUAUGGAUUCUGCUCUAAUCUUAGGUUUUCAGUAGAGCAGUACAUCAGGCAAGCAUUACCAGACAUGCAUUAUUUCAGGUAUGAUGUGUAUGAGCGAAGUUGCCGUUCCAAAGAUAAAGAGGCUGCUUCCUACCAAUCUUCAGUUAAGGAAGAUUGCCUGCAAUAUGGAAAAACUCUGGAUUUGAGCAGAAAUAAUGUAUUUUUUAUUAACCCCUCAGACUUCCAGGGACUUAGCUCCUUUACAUGUCUCAACUUGUCAGAUAAUGCAAUAAGUCAAACUUUAAAUGGCAGUGAAUUCUCCUACUUGUCUGGAUUGAAAUAUCUGGAUUUUUCUAACAACAGGGUUGAUUUGCUAUACCAAACUGCUUUCAAAGAGCUAACAUUUUUAGAAAUUCUUGACCUGAGUAAUAAUCAACAUUAUUUUCUGGCAGAAGGUGUUACUCAUGUGCUUAAUUUUGUGAAAAACCUAGACCAUUUGCGGAAGCUGAUGAUGAAUGAGAAUGACAUUUCUACCACCAUUAACACAGGAAUGGAAAGUCAAUCUCUUCAAAUUUUAGAAUUUAGAGGAAAUCGUUUAGAUGUUUUAUGGAUGGAUGGCAAUGCUAGAUACUUGUCCUUCUUCAAGAAUCUGACCAGCUUGGAAGAACUGGAUAUUUCCUUCAACUCACUCAGUUUUUUGCCUCCCGCUAUUUUUGAAGCAAUGCCUCCCAAACUCAAGCUCCUCAACUUAACCAAUAAUCGUUUGAAGAGUUUCAACUGGGGAAAACUCCACUAUCUGAAGAAACUAGUAACUCUGGACCUGAGCAAUAACCUUCUGACCACUGUUCCCCGAGAACUGUCCAAUUGCUCCUCAUCACUGCAAGAACUGAUGCUCCGAAACAAUCGUAUUCAGCAGCUAACCAAACAUUUUCUCAGAGGUGCUUUUAAACUGAGGUAUUUGGACCUCAGCUCAAACAAGAUUGAAAUAAUUAAGAAAUCGAGCUUCCCUGAAAAUGUCAUCAACAACCUGAAGAUGCUGCUUUUGCAUGGCAACCCUUUCAAGUGCAACUGCGAGGCCGUGUGGUUUGUCUGGUGGAUCAAUCAGACUCAAGUGACUAUUCCUCUUCUGGCCUCAGACGUGACCUGUGCUGGCCCAGGGGCACAUAAGGGAAGGAGCGUGGUUUUCUUGGAUCUGUACACCUGUGAGCUGGACACCUCAUAUUUGAUCCUGUACGCUCUAUCAGCUUCAACCGUCCUCAGCUUUAUGGUGCUUGCGGUGAUGAGCCAUCUGUACUUCUGGGAUGUGUGGUAUAGUUACCAUUACUGCAGUGCCAAGCUGAAGGGCUAUCGGCGUUUAUCUUUACCAGAUGCCUGUUACGAUGCUUUUAUUGCCUAUGACAAUGAAGAUCCAGCUGUGAAUGACUGGGUGUUGGAAGAACUGGUUAAAAGGCUGGAAGACCGAAAAGCCAGGCAGUUCAAUUUAUGCCUGGAAGGAAGGGACUGGCUCCCGGGACAGCCAGUCUUUGACAACCUUUCCCAGAGCAUUCAGCUGAGCAAAAAGACCAUAUUUGUGCUGACCAAUAAGUAUAUUAAAAGCGGCAGUUUCAGGACAACCUUUUACAUGGCCCACCAGCGGCUUCUAGAUGAAAAACUGGAUGUCAUUAUCUUGAUAUUUCUUGAGAAGGUUUUGCAGAAGUCACGCUAUGUCCGGCUGAGGAAGAGGCUGUGCCGAAGUUCUGUCUUGGAAUGGCCAACUAACCCUCAGUCUCAGCCCUUCUUCUGGCAGUGCUUGAAAAAUGCCAUAGCUACAAACAAUUUGCUGGCUUACAACAAGCUUCUCCAAGAAACUGUUUAGCUCUACCCUUCCCCAUAAAAUUUGUUAUGAUGUGCAUGCACCUUGCUUGGGAUUUAUUACUGCACAACAAGAGAUAAUGCACUACACCCUGGAAGUCACUGGUUUAGAACAAAAUCACCACUUCCAGCUUUCAGUUCACUAGAGGCCUCUAGCAUCUCUUGUGGUUGGGUCAAGUGUGGGUUAGACACUUUCUCAACAUACUCGACUACACAGACUGCAGGAGAGAUCAUGCCUGAAAUUGCUGCUGUUCAGACAUUGUUGGAGUAAACAUGAUUUUCAUAGAAAAUUUUAGUUGCUGUAUUUGAGGUAUUUAUGAAAAACAAGAAAAGUGCUUGCUGGCAUAUUUGUCUCUGAAAAUGCAUUUAGCAAAACUCAUGCUUUGAUCUUAGGAGUUGGGAAAAUACAGGGUUUCUUCUCUUUUUGUGUUAGGCUUCCAGCUUCUGAGUCUGCCACUUCUGUCCGAGUGCAGAACAGUCCUAAUCUCUGGGGAUAAGAAAUUCUGUUGAGACUUCUGUCAGAGGUUUGUGUCUGGUACAGGAACUCUCCCAUUGUGGCACUGCCAAAAACCUUGUAAAUCUGAAGAAACUUUGAGGAAUGCGUGUGGACUAAAAUGGGAAGGUGUGUGAGAAUCAAGUUCAGAAGGGCUUGUAGGCUGUGAGUGGGAAGGAGUUAUAAGAUAAAGGGAGUCCUUGUGCAUGGAGCUGCUGCAUGGGAGCAAGAAGAGGGAUUAGGAUAGCAGAUAGGCAGAGGGAGAGGCACAAGGCAGAUGGACAAAAUCAAUUAAACCACAGACACAAAGAAGUAGAUUAUCUUCCAGAUCCCUUCCAAUCCAAACCAUUCUAUGAUCUCAGCUACCUCUGGUGUUUCCUUUCCUAGCUUUCCUGUCUGGUCCUUUCUUUAAAUAGUUCCAUUUUGAUUUA